AUGACGCCAAGGGAAGGAUCCUCAUUCUCGAGUGCUCUCCUUCUGCCGCAGCCCAAGUAUCCAGGCACACCGUCCGUCCGCCCAAUGGCACUCUUCACGGUGCCCGGUUCCGAACUGCUUCUUUGCUUCACCUCCUUCGAGAAUUCCACUCACUUACGAAUUCAGCCAUCUACUCUGUCAUCCAUCCGCGGUCCAUAUGCGAUAUGUGCGCCUUAG